AUUUUGUUUUAUCCCCCAACUCGCAUGAACGGAGAGUUCCAAUCACAAAGGGAAUUUGAAAAGGGGUAUUAUUUAGAAAUGGAUACAAUUCGGUGGUUGAGCAACUACUUCUAUAAUUCUACCGAUGAAUGGGAUGAUUCAUUUGGACACCCGUUGCUAAGAGACAAGUCAGCGUUGUCUGCAUCACCGAAUGCUCUCUUUAUUAUAGCAGAAUGUGAUCCACUUCGUGAUGAAGGUUUAGCGUAUGCUGACAAACUAAAGGAUGCUGGUGGACAUGUGGAGAUAUACGUCAUGGAAGGAGUGAUUCAUUCAUUCUUUACUUUACCACAGAGUGUUUGUAUCAUCGUAAGAGUCUACAAACCCACUAUCUGUCAAGAUAACCCACCAAUUUUGAUAUACUUUCAUGGCGGUGGUUUUGUGACGGGUCAAUUACACAGCGUGGAGACGACAUGCAAAAAGAUUGCCUGCUUAUCUAAAUGCAUAGUGGUUAGUGUUGACUAUAGACUAGCACCAGAGUACAAGUAUCCUACGUGUUUUUAUGAUGGUAUUUGUACUACUAAGUGGGUGAUUGGAAAUAAGCCUACCAUUGGAGGAAAUGAGCAAAGCAUUGUGGGAGUGUGUGGUAGCAGUGCUGGUGGCACCAUUGCAGCGGUCGUUGCCUUGGAAGUUCCAAGUAUCCGAUUCCAGAUUUUAUUUUAUCCAUCCACUCACAUGAAUGGAGAGUUCCAAUCACAAAGAGAAUUUGAAAAGGGGUACUUUUUAGAAAUGGAUACAAUGCGGUGGUUGAGCAACUACUUCUAUAGUUCUACUGAUGAAUGGGAUGAUUCAUUUGGACACCCGUUGCUAAGAGACAAGUCAGCGCUGUCUGCAUCACCGAAUGCUCUCUUUAUUAUAGCAGAAUGUGAUCCACUUCGUGAUGAAGGUUUAGCGUAUGCUGACAAACUAAAGGAUGCUGGUGGACAUGUGGAGAUUUGCGUCAUGGAAGGAGUGAUCCAUUCAUUCUUUACUUUACCACGACACUUCAGAAGUAACUGGUCCAAAGCAUACAGUAAAGUGGACGCUUUUAUUGCUAAAUGUAAACUAGAACAAUAA